UGAAAGUAACUGCAUGAGGGACGGAGAAGCUCACCGUGGCGGAUCAGAGUGCUUUGUAACGCCAGGGAGGGGGGAAAGGACACGAACGAUUUGAGUCUGGUUUUCCUAGCGGGAUUAAUCAUCUUUUUCCUGACCUAUAACGCCUCUAUCAAUAGGCUGCCAUCCACCUGGCAGCACGCACUCUUGUCCGGCGCCUCUCCUUGGAGAGACCAAGGCGGAGAGAAGAGAUAGGUCAAGACAAAGUCACUUCUGUGGCUGCAAAGGAGGGGAUGCCUGUUUACCAAGCUCCUCUGAAUCUGCAGUUUAUUUUCUACCCAGUUCUUAUCUUAUUGUUUUAAUUUCUUACCUUGAGGCGGAUAAUCACCUACCGACAAACAACCAGGAGGGAUUAUUAUCCUACAACCAAAUAUUAGGAGCUUUUGAAUGAGUGAGAUGUGGUGUUGGUGCAGGAAUGACAGCUCCUGAAUGGGGAAGCAAAGAGCAUCUAUUGGGGAGUUUACACCGGUUGAGUAGCCCAAAACGACAAUCGUGCCGGGUUUCACCGAGUACAGAGACGUUUCCUCACUCUACCUAUUCAGUGCUUCCACUCUACUCUGGACACAGGAUCCCAGCGACAUUAACCCCCACGGCUGGGUGUUUUUCUUUAAAUUACCGAUUAACGGAGUCUUAAAGGAAACGCGGGGAGCUCAUGUGGAGACCAAAUGAGUGCGCAACGCGGCGGUGCGCCGGUUUAACGGCGUUGUUCCACACUUACAGCUCCGUCCCAGUGGAUCUGCGGUGGACACCGGAUUGCUUUAGGUUAUCGGCUGCCACCGGUCGUGUACCCGCAUCGGGCUUUUAAUGCAAACUCAACGGGAACUAAAUUGAAACGCCUCGCUUGCCCCAGCACCACUCCAGGAGCCCCGCAGCACGACCAGCGUUGCGCGGUGCAAGACCAAAAGAAAAGUGGAUAUGAUCUCUUAUUUGGUUUGAAAAACUAUCUUUCCAGGAGGAGGAUUAUUUAACAUAUUAUUUGCUGAGUGGAGUUCUUCACCUGGUUUGACAAGAGAGGGAGAUAACCGGAGGAGAAACCCGUCUCUACCUAACCGGCGAGAAGGAGAGAGAGACGUGCAGGUCUUUGGAUCUAUCUCCCCGGGCCAUCUCUUCAGUGCAUCUACCAGUCGCCACAAUGUAUCUUCAUGUUGAGUCCUAAUAAAUCACAGCACACCACAUAAAGUUGCCCUGUUCCCUCUGGAGGAUAAUGGAACGGCUGUGGUUCUCUUUGCUGUUGCUGGCAGCAGCAUGCAGGGGACAGCCGUGUCCGAAACGCUGUAUGUGCCAGAGCCUUUCUCCAUCGCUCGCUAUCCUCUGCUCAAAGACAGGCUUGCUAUUUGUUCCUGCUGCCAUUGACCGGCGCACCGUGGAGCUGCGGCUCCAAGAAAACUUCAUUACAGCCGUCCGAAGAAAGGACUUUGCCAACAUGACCAGCCUGCUACAUCUGACCCUGUCCAGAAACACCAUCAGUCAGAUUCUCCCUUCAGCUUUCAGUGACCUGAGGCGACUGAGAGCACUCCACCUAGACUCAAAUAGAUUAACUGUGAUUAAGGAUGACCAUUUCAGAGGCCUGAACAACCUUCGUCACCUGAUCCUUGCCAACAACCAGAUCCACUCCAUAUCUUCCCAUGCCUUCGAUGACUUCCUGUCCACACUGGAGGAUCUCGACCUCAGCUACAACAACCUUGCCCAAGCUCCCUGGGAUAUGAUCGGACGCUUAACCAAUGUCAAUACCCUAAAUAUGGAUCAUAACCUCAUAGAACAUGUUCCUCAAGGGGUAUUUACCAACCUACACAAGCUGGCAAGGCUAGACAUGACGUCCAACAAGCUGAAGAAAAUUCCCCCGGACCCGUUGUUCCUGAGAAUUCCAGUUUAUGCCAAAUCAAAAGGCUCCCCCCUCACCUCCCUGGUGUUGAGUUUUGGUGGCAACCCCCUUCACUGUAAUUGUGAACUUCUGUGGUUGCGAAGACUGACUAGAGAAGACGACCUCGAGACUUGCGCUUCCCCCUCUGACCUCAGUGCCAAGUAUUUCUGGACAAUCCCUGAAGAGGAGUUUAUUUGUGACCCUCCAGUUCUGACCCGUAAGUCGCCUCAUACAGUGGCUAUGGAAGGCCAACCUGCAAGCUUGAAGUGCAAAGCGAAUGGUGACCCAGAGCCUGAAGUUCACUGGAUCAGCCCUGAAGGGCGGCUUAUAUCUAAUGGCUCCAGAACAUUGGUUUUCCCUAAUGGAAGCCUGGACAUCAAUGUAACAUCCCUGAAGGAUUCAGGUAACUUCACGUGCAUCGCCUCCAACGCUGCAGGUGAAUCAACGGGAAGGGUUGAGCUUGUCAUCACGGCGAUGCCCCAUCUGGCAAACAGCACAAGUCGCAGCCGAGACCCGUCCUCUGAACCUGCUCCCUCUGACAUCCUAACCUCCUCUAAGGUUGCGCUGCCUAACAACGAGACAAGAGGGGUAGACCGGAGGGUCUCAUUGGUGGAACUGACAGGAAACUCUGCCCUCAUUAGAUGGAGCAGUCAGACUCCUACAACUGGAGUCAGGAUGUUCCAGGUCCAGUACAACAGCUCUGGGGAUGACACACUGGUUUACAGGAUGAUUCCAUCAAGCAGCAAUGACUUCCUGGUUCGGGACCUCGCCGCUGGACGCAACUACGAUCUUUGUGUCCUGGCCGUGUUUGACGAUGUUGUCACGUCACUGACUGCAACGCGUCCUUUGGGCUGUCUGUCAUUCACCACAGACACAGAGUUCAGCCAGUGCCAAGCAUUGCACAGCCACUUUCUGGGUGGCACUAUGAUCAUUAUCAUUGGGGGGAUUAUUGUUGCUUCUGUGCUGGUUUUUAUUAUCAUCUUAAUGAUACGAUACAAAGUUUACAGCCACCAAGGGGCAGUGCACGGAAAAGUAGCUAUUGCGGCGACUGCGCCAAGACCGCAGAGCAACGGACAAGGAGGAGGCGGACAAGUCCAAGUCCUGCCUCGCUCUGCUUCAAAAAUGCCUGACAGUCAGGACGACCAAGCGCUAGCGCCCUCCAGGGCCAUGUCGCCUAGCAACACUCUGAGAGACACUGUGGCAUUGGUCGAGGAGGCGAGCUGUGGACGGAGCAUAAUGACAAGGACUGACUCCUUGGCCAAUGAGGAGUUGCUCUCACCCACCAAGUCCCACUUCUCCUCCAGGGUCGCCAUUGAGAUGAAAAGCAGGCCACCAUCUGUCGCCAAAGAGCCCACCUCCCCCAAGGAACUGGCAGAACCCUGAUGUUGUUGUCCUGACUGGCAGAAGUCGAGAACGUCACCACCAGGGAGAAGCCGGUGAAAACUGAAGAAAAAAAAGGCCCUAUAACUCCUCCCCCGUAUCUCCUGUUUACUGUACCCAUUACUUUGUUUCCAUGAGUAUCAUGGGGUAAUAGACCUGUACUGUCUGGUUUACUUUUAACUGCUGAUCUUGGUUCACAUGUCUGGAUUGGACGACCGUUUCAACGCCCAGGUGUCUGUUUGCCUGUCCUUUGGCCAGUUGCUCCACGAUCCAGCUGUCGGCGUGAUCAUCAUUCCCAUCUUUUUAAUGGAACGGCACACACUGAAUGCUGAAUUGUCCACUUUGAAUCAUCUGUAUCAAUGUGAAAAGAGACAAAGAGACGUGUGCUUUUGUUUUAACAUAAACAUGGACAGAAAAUAUAAAUUAACUUCUCACCAUCUGGAGCAACAUCAACAUGCACGGACAGAUACCGAACAGACGGUGAACAGACAGACAAAAAAUGUAUGGCUAAACGGUAAAAGUCGGACGCAUAGUUAAUCCCACCCAACCUGGAUAUACAAUAUGUUAGACUGCACAGACAGAAAGAAAAUAAUAUCACGCAGAAAGAAUGUCUGGAUGGGUCUGGUUUUGAAUAUAAACACUGUGUCUGCACAUGAGGGACUCUCAACAUGGCUGGUUUUAAGUGGCUCCACUAUAUUAAUCCCAUUUGGAAUAAUGCAAGUCUGUUAAACUGAACUGUGCUGAGCUGAUCCAAGCCAGGCUGAACUGGAGCUAGAUUUGAACCUUGACUGGAUCCUGUUAUCUCUCAUCAGAAGUCUGUUUAUGGAAAAGCAUACAUUAAAUCACGAAAAAAUGGAACUGAACUAGACCCAAACCUGGACCUAAUGGAGACUGAACUGGAAUUGUACACUGGUAAAGAAUUCAGACUGUGCAGUGAUCUGAAGCAGACUAAACUCAACUAGACUAGGCCUGUUAUCUUAUGGUCUAGUCUGUGUAUUCUACUGCUCUGGUCCAAUAUCUACCGCUUUCCACUGGAUGGGACUGGUGAGGACCUUGUGGACCUUUACCAGCCUCUCUAACAUCUCCACAGGCCCACUUAUACAGACCCAGUACGUCAGACAUCAGGAGGAAAGCCAUGUGUCUGAAGUCGAGAAGGAAACAGAUGAACAGAUAAGAGAUAAAAAAUAAUAAAGUAGUGGGGUCAUCAGUUAGCCAAAUCGCGUCAAUUUCAGCCUUCAUCCUCAUCAAAAUCAUCAUCAAUAAAUAAGUUUACAGGUCCAGAGUAGAGUUGGGUAAAUGUCCGGUUUUGCCGGUCCUGUCCGUUGUACGAGCUUAAACCGGUUUGAUUUUGUACAAGCUGGCUGAACCGGCAUUUGUCAUUAGACACGUUCUGGCAAAUAAAAAAGACGCCUACAUCAGCAACCUGUGCCGAAGGCGUGACGGCGCUUAUGGUGGCGUCUCAGCGCUAAAUCCAGUUUGUAUCACAUUAGCAAUAUGAAAACGUGAUUAAAAUAAUAUUGUGACGAACAAGUUGUUAGUUUCUGAUAGAAAGUUCGCAAUUUACUGCAGAGCCAAGAUGGCGGACAACAAGGACGAGAUGUCAGUUUCAGUAGAGGUUGAAAGAGGGAUGUGGUGUUUGUUUACCAAAAGUUUGUUUGGGGUAACGAGACAUGACAGAGUUCGUCUCAAAGAAAACUGAAGCCAAACUGACUGAGCUGAGUCAAGUGGGACGCCUGGUGGUAAAAUUCGAAAUACCGGUCCGGUCCAGUGUUAAUAUCAAACCAGUUUGACAUUUCUUACACCAGCCCAACCCUAAUCUAGAGUUCUACAUUCAAAUCUAAAAAGCCUACUUUAUUAUGAAAAAAAUAAUGCUGUAUGACUGUAUAUGACUGCACCACGUGCAUUGUUAACAUCAUGGUUGUAGUCAUCCACGCCUUCUGCACAUCUUCAUUAUCACAUCCUCAUCAUCACCAUGGAGUGCGUUUACGUGCACACAGCAUGAUGAAUAACAGGUCAAAUCUUACUUAAUAUUCUCUAAAGAGUUACAUCUUCACAUGCGUCUGACAGAUAUUCCUUUAUGAUAAUCAUCAGAAUGAGACAGGUGCUCUAUACUAGCAUAUCUCUCAUCAUUGCAUCGUUGCCAUUUGGCUCUGACUUCAUGCUGGUUACUGUAAACGGGAUAUGUAGUACACAGAUGCCAUCUCAGAUAUGGGCUUUUCAUAUGUGCGUGCACGUGAUUGCGUUUGCUGCCAUUCUGCAGCGUUCUCAUUCUCAUCAUGAUUGUUACAGUUCCUUGCAGAGACGUAAGUUGGUAGAAGAGCCAAUAGACAGAGAACCUCAAAACCUUUUGACCCAUCUCAGAAGACACACACCCAACAAAAAAAAAAGAAAAGCAGAUUAAAAAAUAACGUCUUCACUCCCCUCUGUGCUCCCCUCACUUUUUCUUUGGGCUUUACCUUUUGUAUGUGUACAUAAAGCAAUUUCAAAUCUUAUAGUUUUGUACAUGUAAUUUUUAUGGUGUGUGGAACUUUUUAAUAAAAUAAAACAAAAGUGGACCACUUUCU